CGGCUCGGUUCUGCCCCAAUAGGCCCCGAACCCUCAUCCUCAUGACGUGAUCGCGUCUCUGCUCAGCAGAGCCGAGUAGGCGACGGACCUCACUCACCCUGCAGGUCGAACGUCGUCCGUCUUCGAGGCACGUGAACGCAUCUCACUCGCUCACAUGAUCGACAUCAGCUGACCAGAAGGCGGACCCAAACGGCAACAUGGUGGUUCUGCUGAACAGUUUGUCUGUCACAGAUUGUCUCAACCUGUGUCACAGGGUAGUGGACGGGUUCUGUGGGCGGGAGCCUCCUCGCAGGGCUGAUUUCAGCGCCGCAUGGAGCCUGGAGGAGUGGCUGCAGCUGCUCGACUCCCUGGCGGCCCUCUUCCGUGCGGCAGUGGGGAACAACAGCUCAGAUGAGGAGGUGUCGGCUGGACUGGCAGACGUCGGCAGCAGUCAGGCGGCGACGGUUCUGAAGGUGUUGCGAGCCAGACAAGCAGAGAUCCGCCGUGCCCUGCUGGACCGGACCGCCUCCAUCUCCUGUGCUACGCUGCAAGACUUCGACUGGCAGCUUAAGUUGGCUCUGUCUAGUGAUAAAAUCUCAUCCCUGCACACGCCUCUGCUGAGCCUCAGUCUGAACGUGAGAGAGAACGAAGCCCUCAGGCCUGUCACCAUGGAGAUGAACAAGGAGGAGUUGAACACACUCAUCAGUUCACUAGAGACUGCUAAUAAGGUGGUGCUGCUGUUAAAAUAAGUUGAGGACUUUGAGCCAGUGAUCCAUUUAACCUUCAACCACAGAACGUUCAUUGGAUGGAUGUCAGCUGUUGGUAAAAUGUAAAAAGGUUUUUCAUGUUUGGUAGAGAUGAUGUUUAACAUGCAGUUUAUUAAGUCAUUCAUGUGAAGAAAGACAAGCUGCUAUUGUGAUUCAGCUAUUUUACAGUUAAACAAUAUGUUACUGUAAUAGUUUGAAAGUGUGAGCAGCAACGCGUGCUUCUUGCCGUAAUGCAGCAUCUCAAGGUUUGAGUGGAUUCAACUCCAGAAACAAGACUUUGAAAUCUGAAAAAAAAAUACAUUUUAUAUGCUCGGAACCUACAAAGCUAUUUUUUGUUUUGUAAAUGCCUAAAAUAAAGCAAAAAAACCUG